CUCUCUCUCCUCCCUCUUUCCUCUGGAUGUCUGAGCGAGUGUGGGCUUGUCCUGGGAUGCAACUGGACUGGAUGAAGCCCCUCUCCCCAUUUGUGAAUGACGGAGUAAAAAGAGAGAGGAAUUAAGUGAGUUAGGGGGCUCGUCCGUCCGUGCACCCAGGGAAGAAGCAACCACUCUGGCUGUGUAAAAGGCCGUGCUCUGGCUGUGUAAAAGGCCGUGCUCUGGCUGUGCUCUGGCUGUGCUGCCUUUCAGCUGAUGCAGACAUAGCGGGAGUCACAGCUGAUGCUUCGCAGACAUUCUAUCCGGAGAGAGGGUCAUGGAAGAGGAGGUUGACAAGCGUCAGCAGGGUAAAGACUCUGUGUUCUUCCGGGAUGGAAAGAAGAGGAUUGACUUCAUCCUGUCCUAUGUGGACGACCGAGACGGAGAGAGGAAACAGGAGAGGCGGAGGGAAUAUGAGGCUAACCUACAGAAAGCAGGGCUGGAACUGGAGACUGAGGAUAAAUCGGAGUCAGAUGACCGUAAGACAUACUUUGUGAAGAUCCACGCUCCAUGGGAGGUUCUGGCCACCUACGCCGAUGUCCUCAAGAUCAAGGUUCCCUUCAAGGCCAAUGAUAUCCCCGUCCACCAGGACAUUCCCAUGGACUGGCUGUUCACUCCCUUCCGUCUACCGGACCACAUUAUGAAUCCUGAACCAGACUACUUCACCUCACCCUUCAACAAGGGAAAGAUUGACUUCUUCCUCAUCGAUGACAAGGACACCUUCUUCCCUCCCUCCGUCCGCAACAGGAUAGUAUACUACAUCCUGGCCCGUUGUCCCUACUACAAGUCAGAUAGAGAGGACAAGAAGGGCAUCAAGCGCCUGCUCAACAACGGGACCUACGGGUCUGCCUUCCCUCUACAUGAUUCUCGAUACUGGAAGCCAUCCAGGGAUUCCAACAGUGAGAGUGAGAGAUUCAACCUCUACACACACUGGGCCCGGUUCUUCAGUUUCUUCAAAGAGCAGCCUCUCAACUUGAUACGGAAGUAUUACGGGGAGAAGAUUGGGAUCUACUUUGCCUGGCUGGGUUUCUACACUGAGAUGCUGUUCUUCGCUGCGGUAGUAGGCCUGAUCUGUUUUCUCUAUGGAUUGUUCACCUUCGAUGACAACGUCUGGAGUAAAGAAAUCUGUAGUGAGGAGAUUGGAGGCAACAUCAUCAUGUGUCCGCUGUGUGAUAAGAAAUGUGGCUACUGGAAACUCAGCUCAACGUGUAACUCGUCCUGGCAAUCACAUAUGUUUGACAACGUGGGGACGGUGUUCUUUGCCAUAUUCAUGGGGAUUUGGGUGACUCUGUUCCUGGAGUUCUGGAAGCGGCGCCAGGCCCGGCUGGAGUAUGAGUGGGACCUGGUGGACUUUGAGGAAGAGCAGCAGCAGCUUCAGCUGCGACCGGAGUACGAGACCAAGUGUACCUCCCGCAGACUCAACCGGGUCACACAGGAGAUGGAGUGGGUCCUUGACAGGACGGCAGCUGAACUAGUGGGCAAAGUGCUCCUGUGUUGGGCCACCGUGGUGCUGUGGAUCUCCCUGAUCAUAGCGUGUAUCAUCGGGGUGAUAGCGUACCGUCUGGCGGUGUACGCGGCAUUUGCUAGCAUCAUGAAGGACAGCCCCACCAACAACAUCCACGUGGUGGGCUCCCUCAUCACCCCUCAGCUCGCCACCUCUGUCACCGCGUCAUGCAUCAACUUCGUCAUCAUCAUGAUCCUCAAUCUGAUGUAUGAGAGAGUGGCCAUCUGGAUCACUGACAUGGAGAUCCCCAAGACCCACCUGGAGUACGAGAACAAGCUGACAGUGAAGAUGUUCCUGUUCCAGUUUGUGAACUACUACUCUUCCUGUUUCUACGUGGCCUUCUUCAAGGGGAAGUUCGUCGGCUAUCCUGGAGACUACAUCUACAUGUUCGGCUGGAGCAAGCUGAGGAACGAGGAGUGUGACCCCGGUGGAUGUCUGAUUGAGCUGACCACUCAGCUGGUCAUAGUGAUGUCAGGGAAACAGGUGUGGGGUAACGUCCAGGAGGCCCUGGUCCCGUGGGUAAUGAACUGGUGGGGGAGCCGUAAAGCCCGUAACCACCCAGAGAGCUGCUACAGCCGCUGGGAGCAGGACCACGACCUGCAGAACUUUGGCCAUCUGGGACUCUUCUAUGAGUACCUGGAGAUGGUGAUCCAGUUUGGUUUCAUCACUCUGUUUGUGGCCUCCUUCCCUCUGGCCCCCCUGCUGGCGCUGUUGAACAACAUCAUAGAGGUUAGAGUGGAUGCCUGGAAGUUCACCACCCAGUUCCGGCGGCCCGUAGCAUCUAAGGCCCACAGCAUCGGAGCCUGGCAGGAAAUACUCAACGGAGUGGCCGUCCUGUCGGUCGUCACCAACGCAUUCAUCGUAGCCUUCACAUCAGACAUGAUUCCCCGUCUGGUGUACAUGUAUGCCUACAGCAACGAUCUCUCUAUGAAGGGCUACAUCAGCAAUAGCCUGUCAGUGUUCAACAUUUCUGGGUUCUCUGACGACAACCGGCCUGAAGAUGGAGAAAGUCCUGAAUGGUUCAACAGCUCUGUCAUCACCACCUGCAGGUACCGUGACUACCGCUACCCGUCGGGCCAUGAGAAGCAGUACUCUCACACCAUGCAGUUCUGGCACAUCCUGGCUGCCAAGCUGGCCUUCAUCAUUAUCAUGGAGCAUGUGGUGUUUAUGGUGAAGUUCUUCGUGGCGUGGAUGAUUCCUGACGUUCCCUCCGAGGUGAAGGCCAGGAUUAAACGGGAACGCUACCUCAUCCAGGAGUACCUCCACAACUACGAGGUGGAGAAGCUGAAGAUCCAGCUAAGCCAGAGGAACGAGGACUGCUGCUGCACCCCCGUGAUCUACCCCGACAUAUCCCGACACGUAGUGCUCUCCCAGUGUCUCUAGCACCCGUCCUCGCCCUCUGCCCGCUCAUUUGAUUUUGGCUCGUGUUCAUUAGGUCACACCACGGAAAAUGUUUUAAAAUGUUUUUCAACAGGAAAUUUAAAUUAGCAUUUUUCAUUGGACAAGUCCAGGUAGUGUGUACACCCUGUUUGAAUCUGUUUUGCUCCGUUUUGGUGCCUGAUGAACAGGACCCUGGUUCAGGUUGGGCUGGGGCCUGGGCUGGUCUUAAGGAAAUCUGUAGUAUAAGGGCUCCGUCUGCUGGUGGAGUGGAGAGGAAUCCUCAGAGAAAUAGAGUACCUCAGUUGGAAGAAAGGCGCUACAUAAUACAAUCCAUCAUCAUCAUCAUCAUCAUCAUCAAAUACAAGAAGAUACUACAUUCAGUAUGUCUUCAGUGCCAGAUCCGUCCAUGUACGGUCUAUGGGAUUUCAGAUCUCCUCUUCAAUCAACCACCAGUCAGUCCCGUCCACACUACAGCACUAGAUCUAUACUAACAACACAGGGAAGCAGAGAAACAUGGCUGCUGCUUGCAGUAAUCACACACCCUUGAUUUUAAAAUCACCAUUUAAAAAUCACUAUGUCCAUUUCAUAUUUUUAAAAAUGUCUCUCCAUUUAGUGAUCUCACUCUGAAGAAGUGGUUAGACUUUGCUGGUCAUUUCACAAUCACAAAUCAGUGUGUUUAACGCCGGACAGCUUCAUCCAAGCGUCUCGUCUACCACACAGCCCUGUUUAUGUUGAUAAAGUUGGACGUGCUUCUAUUAUAAAGCAACCAAAAGAUGAAAUGCCUUAAUAUUUUACUAAUUAAUUGUUAGAUGAGUAAAAGAGGAUACACACAACAUUUCCUUUUACGAAAAAAAGAUAGCGGUUAGAGUGCAGUAUCAUCAGCAUCAUCACCAUCAUCAUGGGUGGUAUGGGUGGUCCUCUGUAGCUCAGCUGGUAGAGCACGGCGCUUGUAACG